AUGGAAAGGAUAGCGGGGACACCCGUCAGGCGUUGCCGUGAGGACGUUGCAAGGUACUCACUAAAUGAAAAGAAAAUGAAGAAUUUUGAAUGUUAUGAGCAAGCUAUAUUAAUAGCUUUAUUGAAUCAAUUUUGUUCGAUUAAGUUACAGAAGCCAUUCAAGCAGUCUGUGUCAAUCACGAGUAAACCGGAAGUUGUCACAAUAGUACUGAAUAACGAAGAAAUAGCAGUCAAAAAGAUUGCUGAGACGCAGUGCAAGAAAUAUGCACAAAUCACAGAGGUGAACACUAUAACAGAUAAGACUCGAAUGAGACGAUUUGCAAAGAACAGAUCGACGUUCACUAUUAACUUCAUGUAUGACAUCGCAUUCUCGUUGGGAUUCUUCUUUAACAGUGUCCUAUCGAAAAAGUCGUCGAAGUGCUUGCAAAUUGAAAGAAUCCAUGAGGUCUUCUAUAACAACGUGUUGCUACUCGGAGCUGAAGACAUCGUCGCAUGUGGAGAAGCACUCAAUGACUAUCUCUUUUCACUUGUUAAACAAAAUAAAGACGUUGUGUUGAAUCAAAACGAUCCGGUCAUUCAGAAAUUUAUUAAUGAAGACAAAGACUGUUUAUAUCCCGUCGUCUUUGCCUAA